CUCUACCGGAACAAGUGUUUUUCGCUACGACGCCACCUUGAUGGAAGCCUGUCUCGGGACUGCGGUGAUAAACAAAAACACGCAGCGAGGACGUCACAUUCUCCGGCUUGACUUUCAGCCGCGGCUCCCUCUCCCCUUCCUGUCUGCCCGGCCUGCGUUUUUGACAUCGGAAGCGGGACGUCACCUGAAACCGUAGCGGUUAACGAAGCGUCCUUCGGCUUUCCCCAACACUUGAAGGUCCCUGCCCGGGGGCGGCGACAGGAGCAGCAGCAGCGCGAACAUGACCGAGCUCCGGCGGCGAGGCGGCGGCGGAGAGGAACCGGACGGCACUGAGAACAUCAGCGACAAGGAGGCAGACGGCGAUGACAGGCUGGGCCUGCAAGGUGACACGGAGGGCGAAUGUGACGUGGACACCAAGGCGGACACUCCCGACGUACCAGCGUCCUCGGCGGACACGGACAACACUCCGCAGUGUCUGAACAAGGCUCUGGAAGGACUGCCGCCCAGAUGGAAGAACUACUGGAUACGAGGAGUUCUGUCCGUAGCCAUGAUUUCUGGCUUUUUCCUCAUCAUCUACAUGGGACCAAUCGCUCUCAUUUUAAUAGUGAUGACGGUCCAAAUCAAGUGUUUCCAGGAAAUCAUCACCAUCGGUUACAAGGUUUAUCGAUCCUACGACCUGCCCUGGUUCCGGACGCUCAGCUGGUACUUCCUGAUCUGCGUCAACUACUUCUUCUACGGCGAGACGCUGGCCGACUACUUUGGCUCCCUGGUGCAGAGGGAGGAGCCUCUGCAGUUCCUGUCGCGCUACCACCGCUUCAUCUCGUUCGCUCUGUACCUGGCAGGUUUCUGCAUGUUUGUGCUGAGUUUAGUGAAGAAACAUUAUCGCCUGCAGUUUUACAUGUUUGCGUGGACCCAUGUGACGCUGUUGAUUGUGGUAACUCAGUCGCACCUUGUCAUUCAGAACCUGUUUGAAGGGAUGAUCUGGUUCAUCGUGCCCAUCUCCAUCGUCAUCUGCAACGACAUCGGCGCCUACCUGUUUGGCUUCUUCUUUGGACGGACGCCACUCAUCAAGCUGUCCCCCAAGAAGACGUGGGAGGGCUUCAUUGGAGGCUACUUCUCCACCGUGAUCUUUGGAUUCAUUCUGGCGUACCUGCUGUCCCAGUUCCAGUACUUUGUGUGCCCAGUGGGCUUCAGCGGCGACACCAACAGCUUCGUGGUGGAAUGUGAACCCUCCGAGCUGUUUGUCCUGCACGAGUACACGCUGCCUGCCCUCCUAAGCAACGUACUACCUUGGAGGACGGUGACCUUGUACCCUUUCCAGAUCCACAGCAUCUUCCUGUCAUCCUUCGCCUCGCUCAUCGGGCCUUUCGGCGGCUUCUUCGCCAGCGGCUUCAAGCGCGCCUUCAAGAUCAAAGACUUUGCCAGCACCAUCCCAGGCCACGGCGGCAUCAUGGACCGCUUUGACUGUCAGUACCUGAUGGCCACCUUCACCCACGUCUACAUCGGCAGCUUCAUCAGAGGCCCCAACCCGAGCAAAGUGAUGCAGCAGCUGCUGAUGCUGCAGCCCGAGCAGCAGCUCAGCAUCUUCAACACGCUGACGUCACACCUGAGGGAGCGCGGCCUGCUGCCCCCCCCGGCCUGAGCGUAUGAGGAGGGUGGGGUGCAAGUGUGUGAUUGUGCAAGUAUGUACACGCACACACACACGAGCUUAGCUGUGAGGCUCUUCGUCCAUCCUUCAUGCAACUUUAAACAUAUGCUAACCGCUAAAAGAAAACCACCAGUGUUUCCCACAGGACUGCAAUCUAUUUGUGGCGGGGGAGGGGAGGAUUGUAGGCAUAGUAAAAAAUAUAUAGAUAUAUAUUUUUUAAAUGUCACAAACAAGACGGAGCCGUGUGUCCGCCACAAGUAAAUGAAGGCAUGGGAAACACUGCAUGACACCAAAAACAACAACAACAAGAAACGUGUUCACCUUGGAGCCACACUGAAGAUGGACUCUCUGGCUCUGUGUGCACGUGCUCGUCCCCCCCUGUGGACAAACCUUGCACUGACCUGCCAUGAACAAAGCAGACGUGAAGCUUCUUUCACCAGCACACAGUGAGGGGGAGGGGGGAAAAAGACGUCAUGCUAACACCGUCGCUACACGUACGCUAACUGGCGACAUCCACUAUAGCUUCCUAGCGCCUUCAUCCAAUGAAACCCAAAGUAGGAGAUCUAUAUUGUACAUAGAUAAUAUAUAACUACAAAUGAUAUAUGCAAAUACAUACAUACAUACAUACAUAUAUAUAUACAGUAUAUACAUAAGAAUAUUGUAGCUGGCAUGGACACAGUCGAUUUAAUUAGUACGUUUUAUGGGAUUAGAAGGUAAGGUAAUGUUUGGGAACUACAGCUUUUUUUUAAUAUAUAUAUAUUUAUGCGAGUAGUUGCUCUCACGUGCGUGGGCACGUAUAAAUAAAGUUCAUUCAACUUUAGAUGCAAUAAGUGAGCAUGUUCUGCACAGGGUCAAAUCCCCCACAGAUAGAAACAAUGCUAGCAACUACCGUAGACGCAGAGGAGGACGUCAAUCGUAAUGUUUAAAAAAAAAAAAAAUGAAAAUAGAGUCCACUAGUAAUGCCACUUUGCGCCACGAGAGGCGCUCGUUUGCUGUUGCUAAGGAAGUUAGCAUCGGCUUGGCGGGGGGCGGGUCUGUUGCCCCCUUGCUGUAACGCUAGUUUGUCAGCGUUCUACUACUGACCUCUUCCGAGAAGAAGAAGCACUGUCUCCAUCCCGCUAACGAUGCUAGUUGCACUGUGUCGUCUUCCAAUGCCACUUUAGAUGCUUUUAUGCAUUAAAUUAUUCUAUUUUAUGGAAAUCCUUUGAAUGUAGUUUGCAAUGAAGACUAUAUUUAACGUGUGUGGAGAAAACACUCUUAUGGAACUGUUUAAAAAAAAAAAACGUGCAGUUUGUAUUUUAUGCAAGUGUUCUCUGAAUGUGGGCGGGGCUUCUGGGGGGGUGAGACUUUACUUUGGAAGAAUGUUUACCAAAGCGCCCCAGUGGACAAAAAAAUAAAACAAGCUAGGAAUGGAAAGUUUUGGACCUGCUCCUUUAUUGGCUGGGACCGGCUGGGGGGCGUUUAUUGUGAAAGGAAGGGCACCAGUGCCACUUCCUAUCAGGAGCAGCUGACUAUCAGACUUUUGGUUUUGUUUGAAACCGCUUUUUAUUUAUCGAUGUGCAAGACCAUGUCAUUUGAUUUGAGCAGUGAUGAUGAUGAUGAUGAAUGUGAAGGGGCCCACUGUCGACUGGACACAGGCGAAUAAAGUUUUUUUUUCUGUAAAGUGUUGAGCGAUGUUUAUUUUCUAUGUUUCCGAAACCUUUUGAAAUGUUGCUCACUUUGCCAGAUGAGGCCGCCUGCGAGGGCUUACAGACGGGGGAGGGGCUCACAGCGGCACCCGCUGUUCGUUGAGAAGAGCGAUCGGUGCGUUCGAGUCAGUCGUCAGUUGCUUUUUUUCCCGGCACUCCAGAGGGGCUCGCUAAAUAUAGCCACUAAAGUUGGCAACACUCAUCCCUCCUGCUACGUCUUGUUCUUCUCUGGCAGAGCAGGUGUGCGAAGAAGCAGCGUUACGAUGCCAUCUGCUGUACCGAGAUGGAACCUCAAGCUACACGCCUGGUUAACAUUGUAAGACCACUUGGAAAAGUUGCAAUAAUCCACGUUUCACUGUUAGAUGGGGGUGUCGCGAGACACCCAACUUGAGACAACAUAUACAGUAUAUAUUAUAUUAUAAAUCAUAAAACACCGCUUGGUGGUCUAGUGGUUAGCACGUUGGCCAACACAGUAACAGCCUGGAGAUGGGAAGACCUGGGUUGGAUUCUUCCCUGGGCAUUUCUGUGUGGAGUUUGCAUGUUCUCCCCGUGUGUGUGUGGGUUUUCUCCGGGUACUCCGGCUUCCUCCCACAUUCCAAAAACAUGCGGGUGAGGUUAAUUGACGACUCUAAAUUGCCCAUAUGAGUGUGAAUGGUUGUUUGUCUAUAUGUGCCCUGCGAUUGGCUGGCGACCAGUCCAGGGUGUACCCCGCCUGUCGCCCAAAGUCAGCUGGGAUAGGCUCCAGCAUGCCCCCGCGACCCUAAUGAGAAAGAAGCGGUAUAGAAAAUGGAUGGAUGGAUCAUAAAACAACAUACUGUAUGUAACAGACGCCAGCCAGUGUAUGUUAGUAAAACUUGUCAACAUGGAUCUCUUCUGUGUAUGAGGUGUGUUUUGAAACGGAACCGGUGAUCGCCGGCACUUGACAAUUGGACGCUGAGCCAAAUGCAAUGAGAGUUGAAAGAACCGCUUGGCUCACCCUAGUGGUGAAGUUGAUGUAUUAGUUUCAUCAAAUCAGUGAGAUUUAAAAAAUCGUUAACUAAUCAAAAUUGCAGAGACACCCUGUUUGGCCCAUCUUAUCAUGAGCACACAAUUCGAACAACAUUCAAAUAACACCUGAAUUCUGCACGCGGAAAAAAUAUGCUGAAAACGAAUUGCA